AGUGAUCCAGCGCUGCAUUCGACUGGGGCGUGGAGAGAAAAAAAUAUUUCAGUAGAUUGGCUGUGAGGACGCCUGAAAGCACGAUGAGUGCCGAGUCGCUGUCUUUGGAUUGCAUUAUCCAUCUCUUCUCGUACUUGGAAGUGCCGGAUCUGCUCAGAGUAGCUCAAGUGAAUAAGGUACACCCGCUUCCCAAUGUAGACAACGCAGCAUCGCAUGGAACGAGGCAGCAGAGACCACGUUUCUCUGGAGGUGAGAGCAGCAAGAAAUGGUGGGAGGGUCUGGAUUUCAUCCAAGAAUUGGUAAAUAUGUGUCUGAAAAGGUGGGCUUUCUGCAAUAUCUCUGUGAUCCCAGGAAUGCACUCUUGGAAAAAGUACUAUCUACAUCGCUCAAAUCUUGAAUCUAAGAUGAAAUCAGGACAGCCUUCUGUUGAUUAUACAUGUAAAGCUAUAAGAGGACACAAUGGAGUGAUAUAUGAAAUGGCUUAUCUAUCCGAGAAGGAGCAUAUGUUUGCAACAGGAAAAGUAGAGUCCACUGUAUGUACUGUCUCUUCUGAUGGCACAGUCAGGGCAUGGAAUAUCCAAGAGGGUAAACAGAUUUGGUCUAGUCCCCAACAGGGAUUUCCACUAGUAGGUAUUAUCACAUUUCCUGCAUUUAACCUGGCAGCUACAGCAGACACUGAGGGGACAAUCAAACUCUGGCAAGGGACUACAGGGGAAGAGCUUUCAACUUUUUCAGUGUCAUCUAUACCAUCCUGUAUGGUAGCCUACACAAUAAAGAAUAACCCAUUCUUAAUGGUGGGCACUGAAGAAGGCUCACUUCAUAGCUUGUCAGCAACUGAUCUAAGCCAAGUUUUAUACAAAAAAUUGUUUCAGAACUGUGGUAUACAGUUGUCUUUGUGUUCACCAAAUGGGCAAUGGAUACUUGUUUGUCCUGGAGAUGCUGCUUUUUCACCAAAGGUAUUUAACAUAUAUUAUGCAACUCAGCCAGAAGAUGAUGAUUUGAUGCUAUCUAGUCCUUUGCCUAUUACAAAUUAUUGUCGGGUGAUGUGCUGGUUACCAGCUGAAUCAGCAAGAAUUGCCAUUUUGUACAAAAAUGAGAUGUUUCACAUUGAUAGCUUUGAUAUAGUAAUUGAGAAGUCUAAAUACAAAAAGAAGAUUACAGCUAAACAGAUUGCAAGCUUCACACUACCAGCCCAACAGCCGGUGACAAGUAUGAAAGGAUUUGGCAAACAAACCCUUCUUAUAGCAGCUGGACCAGAACUGACAGUAUACUCUCUGAGCGGGACUGUAUUGAUGGCUUUCAAGGAUCAUCAUAAAAUUAUUACAUCUAUUUGGGUGGAUCCUUUUCAUGUCGUGACAUCUUCCAUGGACCUUUCACUUCGUGUAUACUUCUGGAAAAAUAGCAAAUCCUCUUUGUUGACAAGUUGCUAUAAUUUAUUGGGAGGAUCUCACAGAUGGUCAAGUGGCUUCAGAUCUGUGGCAUGUGAUGAUGUCAGCAUUGUUGGAAUAGUGGCUGGAAUUGAUGGCAAAGACAGUUUAAGAGCAUAUUCCUUUCAUCUGUAAGAGUUCUAUGCACUUCAGUUUCACUCUAAACCUUAUCCACUAAGUUGUCCAAAUCAAUUGAUAAUGGAAGCAUGAUUGAAACCACAACUAAUUGACUGAAGUGAUCUUACCUUUUCAAUAACCAGUUUGACUAAAUUCCACUUGGCUUGAAAAAACCCCACAAGAGCUGUUUAGCUUUAUUAAAUGUACCGUAUACCUUAUAUGUGCACGUAUAUACAUAUAAUUUUACAUUCUAUGUUUAUAUAUGCUUGUUUUGCUUUUUCUAUAAAGGCUUUCUAAAAAUUAAUUCUGAAUGUACAGUAUAAGUUAUAUUGUCCAGGUUUUUGUGCAUUGUGCGGGAAAACUUCAUAGACUAAAUGUGGUCAUUAUAAAUAAGCAGGUAACUUGUUCGCUGCAUGAACAAUGUGUAUUUCAAAAAUAAUUUCAUAGGUAUCACCAAAGGUUAUGAACUAGAUAUACUUUGUAGUGCUCUUUAAGAAAUUAUAAUUUACUAAUUGCAUAUAUUGAACAGGACCACCCAGAGAACAACUUUUGGGAUUCUUUCCAAUUCUUUAUCACCAGUGACCUUAGGAGGCAUCUGUAUUCUUUUUCAUGUAACAAAAUAACAUGCUGUGCCUAUUGUGCAGACAUAUUGCUUCUCUCAUGUGACAAUCUAGUCUGGGAUAUGAGAAACUAUGGACAAUAAUUUAGUAGGUACAAGAGGCAAGCCAGACAAGAAACGGAAGGAGUGGGGGUCGUGAGAAGAAAAAAAUGUCCAAGAUUCUAUCUUAAGUGGCUUAUUGUGGAUAUUACUUUUAGUUUUUUUUAUUUAAACUGGGAACUUACUUUUAUAGUUUAAGAUUAUGCUUUUAUCCCAAAUAUUAAUGUCCUAAUGAUAUUUUCAAUCGCUUUCUGAAAUUUGCUUGGUUCUUGUUGAGUUUACCAGCUAUGUGAGCUUGAAAAGGGGUGCUUAUCAGUGGUGGGAUUCAAA